CCACGCUCGCUGCUCCCUCCAUCCCUCGCUUUAAUUACAUUUUCAAUUCAAAUCUGCUGCUAUUUGAUCCGCCGGGGGUGUGUGUCUAUGUGCGGGGGGUAUUUUUAGCUGUGCUUAAAGCUGCCUGGGUGGAUAAGAGAGAUUGUGCAGGUUGCCGCGACCAGGCGGAGCGGGACGGGAUUUGUCCCCCCUCCUCUUCUCCUCCCCAUCUUUGCCCAUUUGCUGGCUGUGAGCGGGGCUGGCUGCCUCUCCAGCUGCCUCCCUUUCGGUCGCCUUUGUUUUUCCCCGGAUUCUUCUCUUGUGCAACAGGGGGGCGAGGCUGCCCUCUGCUUCUCCUCCUCCCCGGCAUUUCAGCCCCGACGAAACCCAUGAAGUCUCUGCGGGUCCGCAGGGCAUCGCCACCCUCGUGGGGUUCGGGGACCCCCGGGCUCCUCACCCCACACUGAACCGCCCGUGGCCGCGUCCCGGGACGCCCCAUGGCACCGCCGCGAUGUUGGCGUCCGGAGCCCUGGAUUUCCAGAAGACGCGCUACGCCAGGUUCAUGAACCACCGUGUCCCUUCCAACCGCAGGUACCAGCCGACAGAUUACGAGCAUGCGGCCAACUGUGCCACACAUGCGUUCUGGAUCCUGCCCAGCAUCCUUGGCAGCUCCAUCCUCUACGUCCUCUCCGAUGACCGGUGGGAGACCAUCUCAGCCUGGAUCUAUGGCUUUGGCUUGUCCAGCCUCUUCAUCGUCUCCACCAUCUUCCACACCAUCUCCUGGAAGAAGAGGCAUCUCAGGACCGUGGAGCACUGCUUGCACAUGUUUGACAGGAUGGUGAUCUACUUCUUCAUUGCAGCAUCAUAUGCUCCAUGGCUGAACUUAAGGGAGCUGGGGCCCUGGGCCUCCCACAUGCGUUGGAUCAUCUGGAUCAUGGCAUCUGUCGGCACCGUCUAUGUGUUCUUCUUCCACGAGAGGUACAAGCUGGUGGAGCUGGUGUGCUACGUGAUCAUGGGCUUCUUCCCCGCCUUGGUCAUCCUCUCCAUGCCCAACAGGGAUGGCCUCCCAGAGCUGGUGGCCGGAGGGAUUUUCUACUGCCUGGGCAUGAUCUUCUUCAAAAGUGAUGGCCGCAUCCCCUUCGCCCACGCCAUCUGGCACCUCUUUGUGGCCAUUGGAGCUGGCAUCCAUUACUAUGCCAUUUGGAGGUACCUCUACCGGCCCGAUGCACUGGAGGCCAAAACGUCCCGAUAGACGCCUUAAGGACCCUUCACAUCAAUGGGGACGUGGAAGGGGAGCAGGGAGGAGAGCCCAGACCAUGGGCUCACCCCAAA